CAGCCAUGGCGACCUUAAGGAAGUGAGAGGAGGGCGCAGCUGUAGAACCCGAGGACCGUGGCGACGGCGGUCGGUGAAUCAGGCCCUUAUCUGCCGCGAAAUCAUAGUGAAGAAAUUGGCGAAUUCUCGUAAUAUAAUGAAGUAUCGCUGAUAGGGACACACCGGGUGCUCCGGCAGACUGCGUUCUCCAGGGCGUUACGGUAAUCGGCAUCAAGCUGGAGCCAAGCAUCGGGAAACGGUGUUUUUUUUGUGCGUGUAUCGUGGAUGCGGUGGGGUGUCUACUAGCCGUGUGUGAAUCACGCUUUCGAAGCGCCCGGCUCUGCAGUUUAACGCGUUGCUCUUCAGCGUCCAGGACUCGUUGACCCAACGGUUCGGUUGAGUGAAUUUUUAUUCGUCGGACUGGCUUCCAGGGCCUUUCUAUUAAAUGCUUGCUUCCUGGACCUGAAAUCCUUAAGUGACACCCACGAGUCAGGCUGCUCCGUUUUGUUCUCUACUGUCAAGCGUCUCUUGUUAUCGUCGCGUCUUCUGUCUACUUUGUUGGAGCAACAAUCUAAAAACUGACAGGAAUUUGUUAGACUGUCCAGCAACGAGAAAGUCUGAUCUGGUGAGAUCGGUGUACUCCAAGAUUGUUCGUCAUCAGAUAGAUUGGAUGGCUCGAGGAAGCACAACUCAUACAAGAAGUAGACGGGUGGUUCCAGUGAUUUUGGAACUUAUUGCUCUACAGAAUCUUCUCUACUUGAGAUAGCUAUUCUCAAUUUAUUUGAAAAGUAAUCUGUACCCUAAAUAUUUGUUCAAUGGUUUUACGGUAGAUAAAGUGAAGAUAGAUUAGGUGAGUGUGUAAAGAGCAGAGCAUUUUGUUCUCUGGGUGGAAUACGAGCUUCCUACAAGACUACAAUAUUUCUAACCAGCUAAGGAUAGCGGCUUUGGUUUUGGAUACUGCAGAAAACAUCUAAACAAAACAGUAAUAACGCAGCGACGGAGGGCAGAUCAGUAUCAAAGGGACCGGAGAAGGAGUACAGUCAUGUCGGACGAAGAGGACAAACCACCGGCACCACCAGUUCGCCUUACAUCGAACAGAGGUGAAUCCGCGCCCAACUUACCAGUGGACAUGCGUCCUCUGCCAAAGGAGCCGGAUUCGGAUGAGCGCAAGAAGAAGACUCUUAAGGGGAAGAUGAAGGUCAAGGAGAAUAAGGAUAAGCCUAACAUCAGCUAUCCGACGAAUUUCGAGCACACGGUGCACGUCGGUUUUGACGCUGUCACUGGUGAAUUCACGGGUAUGCCGGAAGCAUGGGCAAGGCUCCUGAUGUCGAGCAACAUCAGCAAACAGGAGCAGAAGAAAAAUCCACAGGCUGUACUAGAUGUGCUCAAUUGGUAUGACAGUAGCAGCAAGGAGGCCAAAGGGUCGAAGUACAUGACCACGACCAAGAUGGUCGGGGCAGUGGCGCCUAUAGAGAGAGCUAGCAGUCCUCGCAGCAUGGGUAUUGGAGUUGGUAUAGGUAUGGGUAAUGUCCGUGGACAAGCAAUGUCACAGGCGUCCGGAAGUUCACAUUCCCAACACUCAUUGAGCAGAGUCAGUAGCAGCAGUCCAAGUAGUACGCCGACGGAUGCUUGCGCAACGAGUUCGGAACAAGAAGAUGAACCACCACCUCCUAUUUCCGCACGGCCUGAACGCACGAAAUCCAUCUACACCAAGCCUAUUGAAGAAGAGCCACCACCGCCAUUGCCAACCUCACUGGGUUCCCCUCAACGCAAUGGCACACCCCAACAGCAGCAGCAGCAGCAACAGCAGCAACAGCAACAAUCUCAAUUGGAUAGGAAUAAAAAUCAGGCAAUACCCACGUCCACCACCACGGAUCAGUCUAGACCCGCUCAAAGCGACAAGGCUAGGAAGAAGAAGAUGUCCGACGAUGAGAUCCUGGAGAAACUCAGAACGAUCGUAAGCGUUGGGGAUCCGAAUAGAAAGUACACAAAAAUGGAGAAGAUAGGACAAGGAGCUUCCGGAACCGUCUACACGGCGAUAGAAACAUCUACGGGAAUGGAGGUUGCGAUAAAACAGAUGAAUCUCUCGCAGCAGCCUAAGAAAGAGCUCAUCAUAAACGAGAUUUUGGUAAUGCGGGAGAACAAGCAUCCGAAUGUCGUCAACUACCUGGACAGCUACCUCGUGGAGGAGGAAUUGUGGGUGGUUAUGGAGUACUUACCUGGAGGCAGUUUAACGGACGUCGUCACCGAGACUUGUAUGGACGAGGGACAAAUAGCCGCGGUUUGUCGGGAGGUUUUACAAGCCCUUGAGUUUCUACACUGUAACCAGGUCAUACACAGGGAUAUAAAGUCGGACAACAUCCUCCUGGGUUUGGACGGAGGUGUCAAGCUCACGGAUUUUGGUUUCUGCGCUCAAAUUUCACCAGAGCAGAGUAAACGAACGACUAUGGUUGGUACGCCAUAUUGGAUGGCACCGGAAGUCGUCACGCGGAAGCAAUAUGGUCCUAAGGUGGAUAUAUGGUCCCUUGGUAUAAUGGCUAUUGAGAUGAUCGAAGGUGAACCACCAUACUUGAAUGAAAAUCCCCUAAGAGCACUCUACCUGAUCGCCACCAAUGGAAAGCCGGAAAUCAAGGAAAAAGAAAAGCUUUCCGGCAUAUUUCAGGACUUCCUGGAUCAGUGCUUGGAAGUGGAAGUGGACAAGCGUUCAGCGGCUUCGGAGCUCUUAAAGCAUCCCUUCCUAAAACAAUCUAAACCACUGGCAUCGUUAACGCCCUUGAUAAUGGCGGCGAAGGAAGCUGCCAAGGGUCACUGAACGCGCAGAGUGCGAAGGUCGUUCGAUGAAAAAUGACGAGAUCGCAAAAGGCGACGAAGAACAAUGGCCUCGGGCGUCGUGAGGUUAUCAUCAGACACAAGAAGGUUUAAAGAAAACCAGAAGAAGAAGAAAAAAAGAGAACACAGUGAAGCAAAAGUGAAAUCACCCUCCCAAAACGGUAACGGCACAAUAAUUCAAUAAUAUAUAAUGAUUAAUGAAUAAAUAACAUAUACAUAAUAUAAAUAUAUAUAUAGACAAUAGAUAGGUAGAACUUAACCGAUGCCAGGCGGGUAUCGAGAAAUCGAUUAAAAGUUUUUAAAAAGCACCAAGCAGGCGAUCCAGGUACAAUCGCCAUGCUGAUUGCCAAAAUAGAAGGACACGUUCUAUCCAUAAAACGCCUAGCGAGCCCAAGGAGUCACAGAGAAGGCUCUUGAAGCCGGGGGGCGCUUUUAGAGCUGGCUGUUGUCGAGGACUCUUGAUGCGUGCGCGUCUGCAAUUGACAGUCUGUGACAAGUCUGCCUGUUGUCUGUGUGUCGGUAUAUACGUGCCUGUAUGGACCGCUGGAAAAUAUUCCUGAAGAACCCUCGUCAGACAGCGAGAGACAAAGAGAAAAGAUCGGAAGUGAAAGAAGAAGAUGGAAAAGUGGUAAUAAGGGACAGAACGAAGAAGAAGAGAAAAGGAAGAAACGAAAGAGUCCUUGCGCACGAAUCUUAAAACGCCGCCGGGCAGCUGGAAGUGCGUGAGCGGCUGUCGAUUAUUUUCUAAACGCAGCGAGCGGGGGCGGUGUAUGAGAAAAAAAAAUAAUUUAAAAAAAAGUACCCAGAGUGUCACUGACUACGUGGAUGUUGGCGGGAUGCUAAGGUAGUUGUAUUGCAACAAUAACAAAAAAAAAACAUGAAAUAAAUUACAAGAGAUACACAUUCACUUAAAGCAGAUACCCUUACUGGGUUGAUUGUACCGUGAGCUAGCAGUGAGGGUUAUUAUUAUUAUACACAGCAUACACAUUAUAGGAGGACACUUAUUCUUAUUGAUAGCUACCAUCAUGUUUGAUGAAGAAAAGUAGAGGAAUGAGAAACGAAGGAAAGACAAAAAAGAAGAAAAAAUUUGUCUUUGCUGCGUCUGACUUAUAUUUUUCGAGCAAGAUUACGUGCAGCUGGGGCGCGACUAUGUUUGAUCUUUUAUCAUUGGUACUUUUUUUUUUUUCAUCCAUCUUUGUAGUUUUUCCUCGCCCUCUCAGCCUUCUCUUGUUUCUCUUGCACAGCAUCUUUUUCUCUUUUUUUUUCUGAUUCAUCAAAGUACGCAUCUCCCGUUACACAUUUGCGAAUGUAUAUGUAUACAGUGAGAGGAGACAUUUGAAAAUUACUGGUAGACUCGAAGGAUAUUUUUUUUCAUGAUAAAAAAUAGAGAACGUAAACAGAGUGAGAGAUGCGAAGAUAAAGAAUGGAAAUUAUUGGUGGUUAGCGAUCCGUAAUUUCUUUUUAAUAAUGAACCGGGGGACUGGCAUUCUAUUGCAUUGACUUUUUAGAAUGAUCUAUCAGCAGGAGUGCCUGUUCUAUUUAUUACAAAGAUUAAAAGCUACUUAAUUUUUGAGACACUGCUCGUCGGCAUGUACAUAACAAUGUGAAGAGAGAUACGAGUGAUCGAAUGAAUUUGACGUUUGGCCAAUUAGGGUUAAAUAAAUUAAAAAAAAAAGAUAUCUUUACGUUUGCGAUUGGCGAAUUAUUGUAUAACUUAAAAGAAAGAAGAAGAAGAUUGAACGAGAGAGAAUGAGAAAUGUAUUAAAAAAAGAAACGACCAUUCGAAUUGGAAUAUUACUUUUAAUUUUGAAUUGGUUGACUUCAGGACACGUUUUGAAUUUUGAAUUUCUCACGAUUCGGAGAAGUGUUAGUCGUUAAGAACAACUUUUCUGUACGGACCAAUUUUUCAGUCUGGUCUUUACUGUGUUCUCUCCAAAUCGAAAAUUCAAAGUUCAAAGUUCAUCGCGUGGCCUUUGGCAAUGGCGAACUCCUCGCACGCAGGCGAACGUAAUCGAUUAAGAUUUAUUAACGAGACGAGGUUCAGACGUAGAAGCAUUUUGUGACACUAUAAAGUGCCUGUCAUGUCAUGUACUAGAGACACGUUGUAAAGUCGGCGCAAGAUUUCACAUGAUCUUGAAAAACCACCGUGGGAAAACUAUAUAAGUUCAACAAUUAAUUUAGGACCAUCGAAAGCGAACGUAUAGACUUACGUUUCAUUUAAUCGUGUAGUUUCGCAAGGUUUCCAAAAAAAGGGGAAAGAAAUAAGAAAGAAAAAAAUUGGAGACGAUUAGGGUUUUUUUUUCGACGAUAUAUGCGGAUAACUCCGUACAGGCUGUACCGCAUCUACCGGAUAUCCUGUGAAGAGGGUUGAAGCAACUUCUUUUUUUUCAAUUCUUUUCUCUCAGGAAUUAUUCAAGCUCUUGUACGUUAUUUAAAUGCUGCGGUACAUCCUGUAAUUAUAUAUAUAUAUAUUAUUAUAACUGCGUGAGGCGUCUUUUUCUAAAUGUAAUAUAUUUUGGAAAUAUCGUCAACGCGGGAAACCUUGGCGCUUAGUUCUUAGGGUCAUUAUAGAUUUUUAGAUUCGUGUCAUUCAUACUUUAUUUUGACUCUAUCGCAUUAGGACUUUAUCGUACGUAAAUUUAACGUCAAAGAAAGAUUGCAAGAGGAAAAGAAAGUGAGAAAGAGAAGAAAUAAUAACAUAGAUGUGUACCACAGCUAUCGCAGGAAAAAAGACAAAGAAAAAGAGUCAACGACAUACUUUCUUGUAUCGCAUACGUGAUGGGGUGACACGAGGGUGGAUAAUUUUGGGCGUUAAAUAUAAAAUUGGCAGAUUAAUAGGAGAGGCGGAAUGAGAAGAAAGAAUAAAAAAAGCGAAACAGCCACAUAUAUUAUUUGAUAAAGACAAAUUCAUAUAACAAGAUGUAUUUAAUGAAUUUAUUCAUAAUUAUAAUUUUACUUUCUCCGGUUUCUAUUAUAGAACAAAUUUAUCUGCAAAGCCUGAUUAGUUUCAUAUGAUUAACGAUAAAUAUCGAAUUAUUAUAAUUAACGAACGAACGAACCAAGGGAAUGGCUCAUGUCGGUCCUGAGUUUUAGUUUAAUUUCGAGACGAACGCUCAAUACUUUAAAUCAAACUAUAUUAAAUUUUUAAACCCGUGUUACUGUAUCUGUCUGCGUACUUUAAUCAUUAAUUAAUUAACCUGUCAAAAAUUAACUUUAUGCAUGUAACAGACAUUUCAAAUCUUGAAUAAUUUUUUAUAUCUGUUACACCAGUGUCCUACAUGAAAUUGUAAUUCUUAAGUUUUCA